AUGACGAAAUCCACACCCAGGAACGUUGUUGUAGUAGGCGGUUCAUACGUUGGCCUCAAUCUCGCCGAAUCACUUGCAAAGCAGUCAGGAGACCGUUUCCGCGUCCUUCUCAUUGAGAAAAACAGCCAUUUCCAGCACUUAUUCGCGUUCCCGCGCUACGCGCUCACGACCAAGGUCGACACGCACAAGGCUUUCAUUCCCUACCAGAAGAGUAGACUCGGCCUCGAGGGCGCUAUCAUCCAGGCUAAAGCCGUCUCUCUCUCCAAGGAGUCCAUCACACUGGACCGCGAAAUUGAACUCGAUGGCGUCAGGACCAAGCAAGUUCCCUUCGCUGCCCUCGCCAUAACGACUGGCACCAAGCUCUCCCCGCCCAGCACGCUGCCUGGGAGCGAAAAGCUCGACGGCACGCAGUAUCUGCGUAAACACGCAGCUCAGGUCGAAGCCAGCGAGAGAAUCGUCAUCAUCGGCGGCGGCGCUGUGGGCGUGCAGAUGGCGACUGACAUCGCUCAGAUCUUCCCCUCGAAGAGCGUAACCCUCGUGCAUUCCAGGGACACGGUGAUGAGCAAAUUCCACCCUGGUCUGCACUCGAUCGUGUCGCAAAGAUUCGAGGAGCUUGGCGUCAAGACCGUACUGGGCCGUGGCAGGGUGCAAGUGCCAGAGAAGGGUUAUCCAACCGACGGAUCGCACUUCAGCGUUGAGCUGCAGGACGGAACCAAGAUCCCCGCCGACUUUGCGAUUGUAUCCACCGGCCAGACGCCGCAGUCUGAUGUCCUGAGGACGCUGGUAGAGGGCUGUGUGGAUGCGAGUGGAUUUAUCAAGGUCAGGGACACGCUGCAGAUUGCGGAUGCGAAAUUCCCGAAUAUCUUUGCUCUGGGCGAUAUUGCCGAUACCAAGGCGCACAAGGCGGCCAGGCCGGCGUCAAAGCAGGCCGAGAUUGUGACGAGUAAUAUCCAGAAGUUGUUGAGUGGCGAGGGGGGCUUGGAAAGCUAUGAGGUUACGGACCCGGCGGCGAUCCAUCUGACCCUGGGUAUCGAGAAGAGUGUUAUUUUCCGCAAUCCGAGAAGAGAUGGCAGCGAGGGGAGUGAAGAGCCGGUCAUCAUCCACAAGGACGAUGGCCAGUUUGACAUGGGAAUCGAUGGGGUGUGGGAGAGGAGGGGAGCAGAUAUCACUCAAGCCAUGCUCUAA